AUUUCAAGUCAGUGUUACUGUACUACAAGGCUUGCUCUUGGAUGACCAACGUCCCCAGAAGCAGGGCCUUUGCCGCAGCCUCCGGCGUGACGCCCACGUCAAGUGCCUCGUCCUCACCUUGCUCAUCGCAGGUUGUCUGGCAGCCCUCGCCUGGUGCCAGUGCGCGCGCGUGACGCGCCUUGUCGUCAAUUUCCAAAGCUUCCCUAUCACCACCCGUCGCACAGCCAGCCCUUGCGAGGACGGUUACGUCUUCAUACCUGUCGCUUUUAUGGCCAUGCUUUACCUUGUCUACCUGGUGGAGUGUUGGCACUGCACCACCAGACUUGAGCUCGCCUAUAAGGUGGAUUCUGCCACUGUUUACGAACACAUCCAGCAAAUGCGCGAAACCCAGCCUGUUAUCUGGUGGAAAGCCGUCUGCUACCAUUACGUCCGUAGAACGCGGCACGUGACUCGAUAUCGCAAUGGCGAUGCUUACACCACCACUCAAGUUUACUACGAGCGAGUCAACUCUCAUGGCUCUGGAGCCAGCUUUGCCUACACGAAUUGCGGCGUUAAAGACAUAUCCAAGAAGCUACUUGAUUUAGAGAAGCAUCCCGCCACGAAGAUACGCUUCAGCAAGGGCUUCGCCUUCGCCAAUUUGGAAGCAGCGAAUGAGUUCGACGAGCAGAGGAGGAGGUUCUUUCACGAAAAUGAGAGACUGGACGAUUACAUGGAAAUGUGUGAAGGGCUAGAUUUGGUUGGCGUCAACUUCCAAGAGCACAUGGUCGCUUUUGCUGAGCCUCACAGGCUUCCUUGGUACGUCUCCCACAUGAUCUUCUGGAUUUUUAGCUUAGCACUGCUAUCGUGGCCUUUGAGAGUACUGAUUCAGUACAAUACAGCUUACGUUCACUAUCAGGUGAAUAAGCUCUUCGGCGUCAACUACCUCACCCCAUCCAGUGAAGCACAGAUGAUUGGUCACAUGUCUCGUGGUACCACAAUCGACAGUUCGGAAUUCGAGCGACAAAUCAUCAACAAUAAUACCAUCGCACCCAGUUACUCCGAGUCUCUUCUUCUCAGAUCCUCCAGCUCAUUCAUUGAGCAGAAUCGAUUGGCUCCCAAUCAGAACCAGACCGAAACCAACAGACCACCAAACCAGCUCGAAUCCAACCGACCAGCGAACCAGACUUCGUCUUCUUCCAGACGAUACUCCACUGGAAUCCCUGUUUCCAUAAGCAGAUCGUCCCUCCAAAAUGGACGAGUCGUUUAUUAUGUGUCACCGCUGGAGGAGGUGAACAACGAGAACAGUUCCAGAAGGACUGAGAAUGAUCUACAUCAAAGUUCUACAACGCAAGAUUUGGCACCUCCCCCGUCUUAUGACGAUGCCUUACGUCACUGCCGACCCCUUUUCCUUCCUCUGCGAAGAUCGGUGACGGACAGAGACAUUCAUGAAAAUUUUAUUAAUAAUAUUUACUUAUUUCAGCGAAACACUAAUAUUUACUCAUUUCAGCUCAUUACUAAUAUUUACUCAUUACUAAUAUUUACUCAUUUCAGCGAAACUCCACCCAUUUUUUUAUUAUAA